AUGCUCACUGGUACAAUAUUUAUCGAGCCUUUUAAUAUAUAUAAUUUUCUGGCGACUUCCCCAAUCACCGACGCACCGGCCGGAGCUCCAGCGACCUCCGACAACUCGCCGGAAUCUUCCCAGCGCUGCAGUCCGCGCCAAGGUCCGGCAGGCCUCCUUCCAGCGCGCAGCCCAGGUCCCAAAUCGCGCGUCCCAGCUGAGGCCUAUCUUCAGUCCAAGCGCGCGGUCCGUGUCCACUAUGAGCGAGCCCAGUUGCACAUGCCCAAGAUCGCGCGAGCAGCCCAUCGCAAGAGCAGGAAAAACACACGAGCCGUCUCAGCCCGUGUGGCCCGCGUUCAAGCUUGCGCCUCUCAUAGCUCAGCCCGCACGGCUCAGCUUGUGGCCCGUUCCAGCCCGCGUGCAUUGCCCAACUGCCUUGCGGCCCAUAAGCUCGUCUCCUCAACCCAAUUCCUUGCAGCGCACGGCCCAAGCUCCCAGCACAGCCUAACGGUCACGCCAGCGAGCCCAGCGUGCUCCAGCCAGCCCAGAACACCACCAGACCGGUCUAGAUGGGGCCGACAAGGUCCAAACCUAUUCAGUCCAGUCCAGAAGCCCUGGUUUGAGUCCAAGAUGGUUCCCGAGCGGUCCGAGCAGUUCGACUUACCUACCGAAGAUUGCUCAAUUGUGGUAGUCCCUUUGAUUAUUAGCAAUUUCACUUCACUUCCCUUUGCAUCCAUCUCCAUACUCUGGAUCUUGAGUUGUUCUGGCAUCACCAUUGAUUCAAUUGUGUCCAUUGAUUGGGCUUCUGGAAUUGUGAGAAUACAUUUUCCUUUGUCCACUGGCAUUGUUUUGAUUGAGGAAGAGGAUUCUACUAAGUGUAGGCUUAGAUUAGGGUCUCAUCGAGGGGUGGUGGAUGUCGUGCCCGAGGAAGUGACCUGGGGCUGGAAACAAUGCGACGACCUCCGGAAUGGCGUGUCUACAAGCUCGGCCUGUAGAUAA